AUGCUUCAAUUAAAAAUUAUACAAGUAUUUAUUUUUACAAUUGCAAUUCUUAUAAAUUUAAAUGGAGUUAUAGGAGAUGAGCAUUCUAAUACCUAUUACAGUGAUGAAGAAAUUGUAUUGUGGAUGAAUAAUGUUGGUCCAUACAAUAAUCAUCAAGAAACAUAUACAUAUUUCUCAUUGCCAUUUUGUAAAGGUGAUAAAAAAAAUAUUGAACAUUAUCAUGAAUCAUUAAGUGAAGCAUUAUUAGGUGUUGAACUUGAAUUUUCUGGUUUAGAUAUGAAAUUUCGAAGAAAUUUACCAAAAACAAUAUUUUGUGAAAAAAAAUUAUCAGAAAAUGAUUUUCUAACAUUUUUAUAUGCUGUAGAACAUAAUUAUUGGUAUCAAAUGUAUUUAGAUGAUUUACCUAUGUGGAAUCCUGUUGGUGAAUUAGUAAUUGAUUCUAUUGGAUCAAAAGAUCAUUAUCUUUAUACACAUAAAAAAUUUGAAAUUGGUUUUAAUGGUAAUAGAAUAGUUGAUGUUAAUGUAACACAAAGUGGUAAAGUUUUAUUAAAACCACAUAUGAAUAUACAAUUUUCUUAUGAAGUCUAUUGGUUAAAUAGUGAUAUAACAUUUGAUAAACGUUUUGAAAAAUAUUUAGAUCCUGGUUUCUUCCAACAUAGAAUUCAUUGGUUUUCAGUAUUUAAUAGUUUUAUGAUGGUAAUAUUUUUAGUUGGACUUGUUGGAAUGAUUCUUAUGAGAACAUUAAGAAAAGAUUAUACAAGAUAUCAUAAUGUUGAUGAAUUUAGUGAUGAUAAAGAUUUUGGUGAUGAUUAUGGAUGGAAACAAGUUCGUGGUGAUGUUUUUAGAAGUCCAUCAAUGCCAACAUUAUUUUCAUCAUUAUUAGGUAGUGGUUGUCAUAUUGCAGCAGUUUCUUUUAUUAUUGUAUGUCAUUCUCUUUAUGAAGAAAUGUACACAGAACGUGGAUCAUUUAUGAGUGCAAUAAUAUUCUAUUAUACAAUUUUAUCCCCAAUCAAUGGAUAUGUUGGCGCAAGUUAUUAUCAUAAAUUUGGUGGAAAAAAAUGGAUAAGACAAAUAAUUAUUGGGACAGGUUUAUUUCCUGUAUCAGUUUCAUUUGUAUCAUUAUCCAUUAAUUUUGUCGCAAUUUAUUAUCAUGCAUCUAGAGCAAUUCCAUUUACAUCUAUGUUAACAGUUAUUGUAAUAUGUUUAUUUGUCAUUUUACCUCUUAGUUUUAUUGGUGCUUGUAUUGGAAGACAUUUUAACAAAGAUGUAUCAUAUCCAUGUAGAAUUAAUGUUGUUCCAAGACCUAUACCUGAUAAAAAAUGGUAUUUUGAACCGUUGAGUUUAAUUAUUGCAAGUGGUGUAUUACCAUUUGGUUCAAUCUUUAUUGAAAUGUACUUUAUAUUUACAUCAUUUUGGGCAUAUAAAAUCUACUAUGUAUACGGUUUUAUGCUUUUGGUAAUAAUUAUUCUUGCAAUUGUCACAACGUGUUCGACAAUUGUAAGUAUUUACUGCCUUCUUAAUGCCGAAGAUUAUAGAUGGACUUGGACAAGUUUUUUUGCCGGUGCAUCUACAACAUUUUAUUUUGGAUACAUGGGAUUAUUUUCAUUAGCAAUAGGUUUAAUGUGUGGUACAAUUGGAUAUAUUGGAGCAUCUAAAUUUAUUCAUAAAAUUUAUUCCGCAAUUAAAUUAGAUUAA